AGGCACUGGCACAACAUAGAAGAGCCACGUUGACAGGACAUCACUCAGCUGUACAUCUGCAUCUAAAGGAUAAAGGUCACUCUUUCGAGGAUGCCACACAUUUUGGACCAAGAAGACAGACAGUUUGAAAGAGGAGUGAAAGACGCCAUUUAUGUUCACUGUGAACAACCAUCUUUGAACUUUGGAUGUGGUUUAAAACACCAACUGUCUGCCACCUACAAUUGCAGUCUUGAGAUCCCUUUCCAGAUGCUUCACCCCCCACUCAAAUCUUGCAUCAGGUGAUAUCUAGGUCACAUGAUAAGGUGAGGCAAGGUCUCAAAUGAUUCCCCUGAAACCUCUGCUGAUAAUAGCCCAAGACUUCUUUUACAUGUUGGCUCAUGUGUUGCACAUUGUGGGUCAACUCCCACUAGGGUUUAAAUGCCUGGGACACUCCAUCAUUUGGUUUUUAGAGCUGAAGAAGCUUCUUAGAUGAGAGGUGAAAUGUCAUAUGAUAACACAAGAGUUAUGUGAUUAAGAGUGUUUCCCCCUGCACUGCCAAAAUCAGAUCACAGGGGAGGAGCUGAAAGUGUGGCCAGUUAGCAUGCUGCUUCUACCCGGCAGCCCUGUCUGUUGCUGCCACAAAAAACGGAUAUAAGAAAUAAGGCAAAAAAAUUAAUUAACCCGCUGUUGAAAACGGCUUGUAAAAUAUUCAGUGUGUCACUGUACGUUUUAAGCUUAUGAGCGGAAUAGUAAUCCAGGUAUAAUAGCGGUUAACACAACUAAGCUUCCCGGGAGCAGCAACAGCUGCACUCGCUGCCUUGGAUGGUCCGUCAGUGGCUGGGAGGAGGUGUUAACACGUACGGCGAAGCUGAAGAUGCCAGGGGCUGGUCCAUGGGUGUGAGCCGACUGGAUGUAUUCUACCGAAGGCUGCUCCUCACCAAACUCUUUAUUGGGGGAUGGGGGAAGCCUGAAGACCUCAAGAGAAUCUUUGAGUUUCGAAAGAUCAUUGGAGACAGAGAGAAGUGCAAGUCUCUGGUUCCUAAGGACUAUCCUGUUUAUAUAAACAAGACAGAGGAGCUUGCUGACUGUCAUGUCCAAGAGGGCUUCUUUAUCUCUCCUCUGGAGCAUUUGGUUCCUGGGAUCCUGCCACAAGAGGCUAUAAAGGCCAGGUUCCAGUUUAUAGUUCCUAAGAGAUGGCAGAAGAACAGACCAGUAUGUAUCCACUUAGCUGGGACUGGAGACCAUUUUUUCUGGCGUCGGCGGACCCUGAUGGCUCGGCCCAUGAUCAAAGAGGCAGGAAUGGCUUCGUUACUUCUGGAGAACCCUUAUUAUGGCUAUCGGAAACCCAGAGACCAACUACGAUCCAGUCUAAAAAAUGUGUCGGACCUGUUUGUGAUGGGCGGGGCUUUGAUCCUGGAAUCAACAGUACUGCUUCGCUGGCUGGAGAGAGAAGGAUACUGGCCUCUGGGAAUGACUGGCAUCUCUAUGGGAGGAUAUAUGGCGUCCCUGGCAGUGACCAACUGGCCCAAACCCAUCCCUCUAAUUCCCUGUUUGUCCUGGUCCACAGCCUCCAGUGUGUUCACCACGGGUGUGCUGAGUAAAGCAGUGAACUGGACACAGCUGGAGAAGCAAUACGCCAUUAAUUCACGGUAUGAAGAGGAGAUCAUCAAGCUGCUGGAGUAUUGUGGGGCUGAUUCCUUUAAGAUGGGUCCCAAACUUCUAACGAAAGUGGAAGAGCAUUUCUACGACCUGUCUAAAGACCACAAACUGUCAGUGAGCCAGUACACCAGAGUGGACGGAGGCAGCGACUGUGGUGGGGCCAGAGAUGGAGCAGAGCAUCUGUUAUCGCUGGGGAACAGUGUUGGAGCAAACUUUGAAACUCUGCCAGCAGCUCUUAGUGGAUAUAACACACACGGGAGAAAGACGGAUCCUGCCGAAUGUUGUCGGCCAUCUUUACACAAAGAAUCUAUAAGUUUCAUGAAGGGAGUGAUGGAUGAGUGUACACACAUGGCCAACUUCUCUGUUCCUGUAGAUACCAGUCUCAUCAUUGUCGUCCAGGCCAAAGAGGAUGCAUAUGUGCCCCGAACAGGAGUGGUCAGUCUGCAGGAGAUCUGGCCAGGCUGUGAAGUCAGAUAUCUGAAAGGAGGACACAUCAGUGCAUACCUAUUUAAACAGAAUAUAUUCAGACAGGCCAUAUAUGAUGCCUUUGACAGAUUCUGCGUGAAGUAUCCUGACCUGCACUAGCCACUGGAGGCCAGACUGGACGUUUGCCUUCAAGACUCUAAGUGUGGCAGCUGAGAUCUUUUCUUCUGAGGCACGACGUCUGACAUUUACAGGGUAGCCUCAGAGAAGGUGGAGCUGAGCACAACUCUUCCUGUUUGUAUAAGGGUGUAUGAUCUAGGUGUGCAACAAACCUCACUGUGCAUAACUGAAACUGUAGCAGUUUAAAAUGUUGUUACGUGUUGGCUGUGAAAGAAACAUCCAGGUCUCUAGUUUCAGUUUGAUAACUGCUGGUAAUCAUUAAUAGCACUGUGUGUUUUCCAGUUUUUAUUGGUCCUGUAUCACCAGGCUGCAAGUGUCCUGCUGUAUUCCACUUGUCUUCCUUAUCUGACACAACCUUGGAUGUGAUACUCGAGCCCGAGCCAUUCCAUGUGAAAUCACAGAAAGGUUCCUCAGAAUUGGCCAGUUUAUGUUGGACUAACUUUAGCAUAUUUGAUGAAGCCAUGAAAAAUUCUUACUGUAAAUUGUUACAAUUGUACAAGUCCCUGAAAUUCUUAGGAGUUGGUUGAAAUCUGGCGCUUCUCGUAAUUUUGAUGCUCAUGCUUAAAUUUUCGAUGAUCACAUGAACUUUUCAGGGCUGAAAGAAACAUUGAGUACGAGAUGUGGGAUAAAACACUGGGGGGACGCCGCUCGAUCAUUUUUCCCUGGAAUGUUGUCCUGAUGUCACAUGAAUAAAAUUGAAAGAAGGCUGAAGUAAAUGUUAAAUUACAACAAAGGUCAAGUAUGAUGGUAACCCAAAAAGAAUUUAAUAAAAGUUGAACAAACGUUGUUGUUCUGUGUCCACUGUGACUGGUGCACUUUGAGGUUAACUGGCUUCACUGUGUUUGCUGUGCUGCUGACACACGUGUAAAAUGGAAACAAAUAAAUCUCCUUUCUGACA